CAGUUUCCGAAGUGAAGUCGUGCAGAGAAGCCACUUUGAACCUUCCGCUCCCUUCUCGCUGACUCUUUCAAAUCCCAGGUUUUAAACACCGCCCCCUCCCAUUUUUCUUCCCUAUAAAUUUGAUUUCUCCCUCCAAAGAAACACAGAAACUAGCCAUCGUCUUCCUCGAUAAUAAGAUUCCUUAUAUAUAAUUCCCUCUUCCCCUCAGACAUCUCUUCCCCAAAAUAGAAAAAAUAAGAGAGAGAGAGAGAUAGAGAGAGAGGUAGCAGAGGAAACAGAACAGCCGAACCGCCUCACUCAUCUCAGUCAUAUACUCAUCUGACUACGUGGUCCAUGAUCUGUACUGGGUCGUUGCUGUGGUUGUAUCAACCCACUCAACAACUCCUCCUCCCACAUUUCUCUCAUAUAUCAGAUCGUUCUCUUCACCGGCCACCUACAUCUUUCUGUGUAAACCUUACCGUUAUAUAACCCCUCAAACUCCCCCAAAUAAGAAAUCCAAACAAAAGAUUUCCAAUCAUGAGCACCGAACCCGCCGCCGCCGAGGGGGUUCAGAUCCACCAGACCCGCGGGGGGCUACCGGACUUCCUCCAGAGCGUGAAUCUCAAGCACGUGAAACUGGGCUACCACUACCUGGUUUCCCACCUCUUGACUCUUUGUUUGGUCCCUCUCAUAGCUGUCAUUAUCAUCCAAGCCUCCCAGCUCAACCCUGACGACAUUCACCAACUCUGGCUCCACCUCCAGUACAAUCUCGUCAGCGUCGUCAUCUUCUCCGCCGUUUUCAUUUCCGGAUCUACCGUCUACAUCAUGACCCGCCCGAGAUCCGUCUACCUCGUCGACUACUCCUGCUAUCUUCCUCCCUCGCAUCUCCAGGUAGAGUUCCACCGGUUCAUGGAGCACUCCAAGCUCACCGGCGACUUCGACGACUCGUCGCUGGAGUUCCAGCGCAAGAUUCUCGAGCGCUCCGGUCUCGGCGAGGAGACUUACGUCCCCGAAGCUAUGCACUACCUUCCUCCCAGGCCUUCCAUGGGCGCGGCGAGAGAGGAGGCGGAGCAAGUGAUGUUUGGAGCCCUGGAUAACCUGUUCGCGAAUACCAAUGUCAAGCCCAAGGAUAUCGGUAUUCUGGUUGUGAACUGUAGCCUGUUUAAUCCAACGCCAUCCCUUUCGGCCAUGAUUGUUAAUAAGUAUAAGCUGAGGGUUAAUAUUAGAAGCUUCAAUUUAGGCGGCAUGGGUUGCAGUGCUGGUGUUAUAGCCGUUGAUCUUGCUAAGGAUAUGUUGCAAGUUCAUAGGAACACUUACGCAGUUGUUGUUAGCACUGAGAACAUCACUCAGAAUUGGUACUUUGGGAACAAGAAAUCAAUGUUAAUACCCAAUUGCUUGUUUAGAGUCGGCGGCGCUGCUGUUUUGCUAUCCAACAAACCGGUCGAUCGGCGGCGAGCCAAGUAUAAGCUUGUACACGUUGUGAGGACACAUCGCGGAGCUGACGAUAUGGCCUUUCGGUGUGUUUAUCAGGAGCAGGAUAAUGCAGGGAAAACCGGGGUUUCUUUGUCUAAGGACCUCAUGGCCAUUGCUGGUGGAGCUCUUAAGGCUAACAUCACAACGUUGGGUCCCCUUGUGCUUCCUCUAAGCGAGCAGCUUCUUUUCUUUACUACCUUGGUGGCUAAGAAACUGUUCAAUGCGAAAGUGAAGCCUUAUAUCCCUGAUUUCAAGCUCGCUUUCGAUCAUUUCUGCAUUCAUGCCGGCGGGAGGGCUGUGAUUGAUGAGCUUGAGAAGAAUUUGCAGCUUCUCCCCGUACAUGUGGAGGCGUCUAGGAUGACUCUGCACCGGUUUGGUAACACUUCGUCGAGUUCGAUUUGGUAUGAGCUGGCUUAUACGGAAGCCAAGGGGAGGAUGCGAAAGAGGAACCGUGUCUGGCAGAUUGCAUUUGGGAGUGGCUUCAAGUGUAAUAGUGCGGUUUGGGAGGCCCUGAGGAAUGUAAAACCUUCUCCUAAUAGUCCAUGGGAAGAUUGCAUUCACAGGUAUCCGGUACAGACAGUUGCAUAGCUCGACCACAAUUCAGUUGGCCUCGAUCUGGGAUGCCUUGAUAUAUAGUUCGAACUAGCUGGGCAAUUUUCUUGUUCUUCUGUCCUCCCUUGUCACUUUUUUAUGUUUAGAACAAAAGCCAUAAUAUAUUUGUGUGCUUGUCUUGAUUUCUGGCAUGUGUUGUGUCUGGAUUAAUAUAGUGUAUGCAUUCCUUUCUUCAAAGGGAUAUAUAUAUAGAUAUAUGAAAGAUCCAGUUGUACAUGGAGUUUAUUUCAUUUAGCUUGUGACAGAAUUUGACUGCAUAAAUUCCAAUUCAAAUGUAAAUCAUGUUCGAUCGGGAUUGUAUUCUAAUGAAUAAAUGGGAACAGAUAUUAUCAUUUUCA